CGGGGCGGGGCCGGCGGCCCAGGGAGAGCCGGAGCCGGAGCCGGAGCAUUCGGAGACGAUGUCGGUGCAGGUGGCGGUGGCCGCGCCCGCUGUGGAGCUGAAGGAGCUCGGCGGCCCCAUGGACAAGGCGGCGGGGCCGCCGUGCGAGCCUGUGGGCGCUCACGCAGCGGCGCACGGCGUGGCGGCCGCCGCCUGCCCCGUGCCGGGCGCCGAGCGUGAGGCGGCCCCGGCCCCCUCCGCCGAGCGGCCUCCGGGCAGCGGCUGCCCCGGGCUGUCCUCGGCCGCGGGGCUCUCCUCGGCCGCCGGGCUGUCCUCAGCCGCCGCCAAGGUGCCGCAGGCUUCGGCCAUGAAGAGGAGCGACCCGCACCACCCUCAGCACCGGCACCGCGACGGCAGCGACAGCAGCGGCAGCGCGGCCGAGGCGCUCGUGAGCCCCGACGGCUCCGUCACGGAGGCGCCGCGCACCGUCAAGAAGAUCCAGUUUGCUGACCAGAAGCAGGAGUUCAACAAACGCCCCAGCAAGAUCGGCCGGCGCUCGCUGUCGCGCUCCAUCUCGCAGUCCUCGACCGACAGCUACAGCUCAGCUGCCUCCUACACGGACAGCUCUGACGAUGAGACCUCCCCUCGGGACAAGCAGCAGAAGAACUCCAAGGGCAGCAGCGAUUUCUGCGUCAAGAACAUCAAACAGGCCGAGUUCGGGCGGCGCGAGAUCGAGAUCGCCGAGCAGGAAAUGCCGGCGCUGAUGGCUCUGAGGAAGAGAGCUCAGGGGGAGAAACCCCUGGCUGGGGCCAAGAUUGUGGGGUGCACUCACAUCACAGCACAGACAGCGGUGCUGAUGGAGACUCUGGGCGCUCUGGGGGCUCAGUGCCGCUGGGCCGCCUGCAACAUCUACUCCACCCUCAACGAGGUGGCUGCAGCGCUGGCCGAGAGCGGCUUCCCUGUGUUUGCCUGGAAGGGCGAAUCCGAGGAUGAUUUCUGGUGGUGCAUCGACCGCUGUGUCAACGUGGAGGGCUGGCAGCCCAACAUGAUCCUGGAUGAUGGGGGGGAUCUCACCCACUGGAUCUACAAGAAAUAUCCCAACAUGUUCAAGAAGAUCAAGGGGAUCGUGGAGGAGAGCGUCACCGGGGUGCACAGGCUGUACCAGCUCUCCAAGGCAGGGAAGCUCUGCGUGCCCGCCAUGAACGUCAACGACUCCGUCACCAAACAGAAGUUUGACAACCUGUACUGCUGCAGGGAAUCCAUCCUGGAUGGCCUUAAGAGGACAACAGACAUGAUGUUUGGAGGGAAGCAGGUGGUGGUUUGUGGCUAUGGGGAGGUGGGCAAGGGCUGCUGUGCCGCGCUCAAGGCCAUGGGCUCCAUCGUCUACGUCACCGAGAUCGACCCCAUCUGCGCCCUGCAGGCCUGCAUGGAUGGGUUCAGGCUGGUGAAGCUCAACGAGGUCAUCAGGCAGGUGGACAUCGUCAUCACCUGCACAGGGAACAAGAACGUGGUGACCAGGGAACAUCUGGACAGGAUGAAGAACAGCUGCAUCGUCUGCAACAUGGGGCACUCCAACACCGAGAUCGACGUGGCCAGCCUGCGCACCCCCGAGCUGACCUGGGAGCGGGUGCGCUCGCAGGUGGAUCACGUCAUCUGGCCCGAUGGCAAGAGGAUCGUGCUGCUGGCUGAGGGCCGCCUGCUGAACCUGAGCUGCUCCACCGUGCCCACCUUUGUCCUGUCCAUCACGGCCACCACACAGGCCCUGGCUCUGAUCGAGCUCUACAACGCCCCCGAGGGCCGCUACAAGCAGGACGUGUACCUGCUGCCCAAAAAAAUGGAUGAGUACGUGGCCAGCCUGCACCUGCCCACAUUCGACGCGCACCUGACGGAGCUGACGGACGAGCAGGCCAAGUACCUGGGGCUCAACAAGAACGGACCCUUCAAACCCAACUACUACAGAUACUGAUCCCGGGAAUGGCGAGGAGCAGCGGCGAGCAGCGAGUCGUUCUCACCUCUGUACAGGAUGAAACCGCGCAAGCUUCCCACGCUAGAGCCGGGCUUGCUGCCAUAGUCCACAGUGUGUUUUAGGUUAUUUAUUUAUUAAAUUAGAAUACUGUCCUCGUGGCCUCUGCCACUGGUGUUCGUCCUGCCGCGGGACUGGGAGACGCUGGAUUUUUUUCUUUCCGUUCCUUUCGGUUUUUUUUCUUCUCUUUGGGUUCUUUUUCGGGGCUGGGAGGACGGGGAAGGCGAGGAGGAAGCUGCUGGAAUCGAGCCGUGGAAUAUUCCCUAAUCCCUGCUCACCCCCGCACACGAGGCCUGGGAGUCGCUUUUGGUUCCCUCCACUCCCCCCCAGCGCUCCUCCAAAAUCCUGGACAACAAAACCAAAACGCUCCCAGCGCCGGGAACCGCUGGGAAUGUGGCUGGAGAAGCCUCUGGAAGUGCCCAGGGCCGUGGCCAGCCCGGGGAACCCUCGCCUUAGCCCCAGGAGAGCCCUGGGCGCUGUCCUGCUGCUGUCGUUCCAGUGCCAACCUCUCUGGAUCUACCAAAGUCGUGUUCCCGGCGGGCCGGGGCAGCCCCACGCUGCUGGAAGGGCCUCGCCCGCCGAUGCUGCUCGAGAGCCCGGCUGGGGGGAGCCAGCUCCUCCUCCAGCCGCGUUCAGUCCUCACUGCAAACGUUCCCAGUUGUAUUUCCUGCUCCUGUUUGUAUGAAUCCUGGAAAUCCCCUUUGGAAUGGGUGAGGCGGAGUGACCGCCGUGGGUUCUGUGUUUAGCAUCGCUAAAACCCUUUGGGUCAGCUGGAAUCUCGAUGGGUCAGAGCUGAUUGAUGGAGGAUGAAUUUGGCAGAGUUUGAUGGCAGGAUGUCCCAGCUGAGCACAGGACAGCGUGACCAAGGUGACUUCCCAAGUGCCGUGUCUGAGCGGAGUCACCUCCGUCCCUUGACCCUUCCAAAAUUCAGCUGCACAGCAGCCUUGUCCUCCCUCUGGUUCCCGAGCCUCUCAUCGGCUGCAGAUCCGUGGUUUGUCCUCCUGGGCUUCUUUGCCAUCAUGGAGAACUUUUUCUGUGGCAGCUCGUUCACGCACAAGGAAGGGAAAACGGAGGAAUUCCGGCCUCAAGUCCUUCCCAUGGCUCUCAGAUUUGGAGUCAGGUUGGCCACAAGUCGCUCAUCUCCAGGGCACACGUUCCCAUGUGCCGGCUCAUCCCAAGCUUCUCUUUGAAACCUCUCAAAAUCAGGAAGGAAAACCCUGAGAAGACCUUGAGGAAACCUUGAAAGAAUCUUGAAGAGACCUUGGGAAGGCUCAGGGCUCUGAGGAGACCUUCAGGCUUUGAGACUGAUCACUACCCACAGACUUGAAAUGAUCUCUGCUCCUUCAUUUUACCCAGAUCCUGAGAUUUUUAUUUUUUUUUUUUGGGUGGUGGGGGGAAGAAUCCCCUGAGCUGUUUAAGACAUCACCCCCAGGUUUUUCUCCUGGUCUGUGCCAGCCCCUGCUGCUCCCUGAUCCCUUGGGGUCACAGGGGCAGAGCAGCUUCGGGAAGAACAGGAAUCCCAACCACUGGAAAAUCCCCUUUUCCCCCUGGAAAAUCCCCUUUCAUCCCCCCUCUCUCACCCCAGAGCCUGCCCUGUGCCUGCUCUGCACAGCCCCAGAUCCCUCCGUGCCCAGUUUUAACCCCCUUUUAUCUUCCAGGUAGAUAGGAAGGGAAAAAAAUACAUAUAUAUAUAUAUAUUAAUACUAAAAUCCCAACUGGCUUUUCCCACCUCGAUUUUUAAAGCUCUUCUCCAUGUUCUGCUUCUCCUGUUAAAGCUUUUUGGCUCGCUUGGCUUUUUUCCUAAUCAACCUGGAAUCAUAUCCUAUGAUCAUCUCUAAAUUAAAUGUGUAAUGGGGUUUGGUUUUCUUUUAUCUUUUUUUUUUUUUUUCUAAAUGUAAUACAUUUUUCAAGACUUAGGAAAAAGGAGAUUUUAGGUAACACCAGCAAAAUCAUAUAAAGGAAAUUAAUUCUCUCCUGAACUUUAGAGAUAAUGAGACAAAACCCAUCAGCAGCAGCGAGGAAACGAAAACGUCGCAACCGUAACAUUUCAAAAGGAUGUUUUAAAUAUUAAUGUCUGAGUGAUUGUAUUAGAUCAGCAAUAAAGACUCUGUAAUCUCAAAACACAAAUAAAAGAUUGGAAAACUCA